GAGCGCGCGCGGCCGACCCGCUUCCACUUUUGCUGUCAGGCCCCCUCGCCCACCAUGGCGGCCUCCUUCAGGACCGGCCGGGGCCUGAGAUGGGCGCGCUGGGGCAGUGGAACCGGACUGGCCCUCUGGGCCCGGGCACUGGCCACCCCAACCCCUCUGGCCUACCAAGUGGACAGUCUGUCCGAGAUCCUAGGGAAGGAACCACACCGGCGUCACCCCGGCAUCCUGCAGUUGCCCCACACUCGGCUGCCCCCAGCCCUGGCUGCUGCCGCCCAGCGACUAGUACAGGGCUCUCUGAGGGUGGUCUCUGCCACCGUUUGGUUGUCUCCGAGGGCCAUGACCUUUCCCUGGUCCCAGAGAGUUCAGCACCCAACAUGGAGAAGCAGGUGCAGAUGCUGACCAGGUACCUGUGGAGCCGGAAGCUGCCUGUGGAGCCAGGGGAGCUGCGCCGACGGGCUGCACAGUUGGAGGAAAAACUCAGACAACGCAUAGGGCCGGCCCCAGGGUCAGCCCAGGCAGAAGAGAAGCUGCAAGGGGCAGUUUUAAGUGCCUUGCGCCAAGUCACAUACCACUGGAAAGAGCUGAGCUAUGACGAAGGGCUGAGCCUGGUGUACAUGGCCGCUCGGCUGGAUGGGACCUUUGCAGCCACUUCCAGGGCUUUCCAUGAGAUCCAGAAGCGGCUCCCUGACUUCCAGCCACGCACCCUGCUGGACUUUGGCUCGGGCCCUGGCUCCGUCUCAUGGGCAGCACACAGCACCUGGGGCCAGAGCCUGCGGGAGUACUUGUGUGUAGACCGCUCAGCUGCCAUGCUGGCCCUGGCAGAGAGACUGCUGAAAGGUGGCUCAGACUCUGGGGAGUCCCGAAUCCCGGCGGUUUUCCUCAGACAGUUCCUCCCUGUCUCACCCAAGGUGCAGUUUGAUAUUGUGGUGGCAGCCUUUUCCCUGAGUGAGCUGCCCAGCCUUGCUGCCCGCUCCGAGGUGGUGAGCACCUUGUGGCGCAAAACAGGCCGCUUCCUGGUCCUGGUGGAGAGUGGAACAAAGGCUGGACACCAACUGAUUAUGGCUGCCCGGGACCUAGUCCUGCAGGGCCAAGAGAAGACUCCCCUGGAUCCUCGACCCGGCCACGUCUUUGCCCCUUGUCCCCACGACCUGGCCUGUCCCCAUCUGUCUGCUUCCCGGACCCUGCCCUGCAACUUUUCCCAAACGUAUUAUCCAACACCCUUUGGCUGGCAGGACCGUGGUCACGGGGAAGAGAAGUUUUCCCUAGUGAUCCUGUCCCGGGACCCCCCACCAGGGGGUCAGCGCUGGUCACGCGUCAUCCAGCCUGUCCUCAAGCGCCCACGCCACGUGCACUGUCAUCUCUGCUGCCCUGAUGGGCACCUGGAGCACAUGGUGUUCACAGCCCGUCGGCAUGGCAGAGACCUUUACCGCUGCGCCCGAGCCAGCGCCUGGGGGGACCUCCUGCCUGUGACCACAGCCCCACCGCCUCCGAAGGACCCUCCACGGUAGCUGACGGUGCCGGCCCCCUCCCCCAGCCCACCGUCUCUCCGCCCCUCGCCCGGCUGGUGCCAGUGAACAAUAAACACACCGAGUGUAA